AUGAACAUUUCUAAUACAAUAUGUGCGCGUUCAUGUGUGCGAUAUUUUUUGUUUUGUUUUAUCUUCUUCUUCUUCUUCUUCUUCAUCGUCGUCGUCAUCCUCCUCCUCCUUCGUCUCCUCCUCCUUCUUCGUCCUCGUCCUCCUCCUUCUUCUUCGUCAUCCUCCUCCUCCUUCUUCUUCGUCGUCCUCCUCCUUCUUCUUCGUCAUCCUCCUCCUCCUUCUUCUUCGUCCUCCUCCUCCACCUCCGCCUCCUUCUUCUUCGUCAUCCUCCUCCUCCUUCUUCUUCGUCCUCCUCCUCCACCUCCGCCUCCUUCUUCUUCGUCAUCCUCCUCCUCCUUCUUCUUCGUCGUCAUCCUCCUCCUUCUUCUUCGUCCUCUUCCUCCUUCUUCUUCUUCGUCCUCGUCCUCCUCCUUCUUCUUCUUCAAUCAUCAUCAUCAUCAUCAUCAUCACCAUUGUAAUCAUUCUGCCAGGUCUCUAUCUGUUCGCCAUUAUUGGUCUCUUUUUAUUAGGGCCAAUUUCUUCAGACAUUUCGUCGUGUUGCUACAAGUUUAUACCAUCCUCGUUGUCUCUCUCUGUCGAACACGAAGCAGCUUAGCACUGCAAGUCACUCAGUUGGUUUAUCUAUCUAUCUAUCUAUCUAUCUAUCUAUCCAUGUCUGGUCAUAUCUAUCUAUCUAUCUAUCUAUCUAUCUAUCUAUCUAUGUCUGGUCAUAUCUAUCUAUCUAUCCCUGUCUGGUCAUAUCGAUCUAUCUAUCUAUCUAUCUAUCUAUCUAUCUAUCUAUCUAUCUAUCUAUCCCGGUCUGGUCAUAUCUAUCUAUCUAUCUAUCUAUCUAUCUAUCUAUCUAUCUAUCUAUCUAUCUAUCUAGAUCGUUCAAUCUGGAGGAAAACAGCGCACAAUGGAGACAUCUAUCUAUCUAUCUAUCUAUCUAUCUAUCCAUCUAAUCUAAUCUAA